AUGCUUGAGUAUAUUAUUUCUGAAAAGGAUAUCCGGAUGCUGAAAAGGAUGAGUAUUCGGCAGAAGCUUGUCCAGUUUGUGAAUGCGGCAUAUUCUGUGAUGGGGACGUACAUGAUAUGGAAGAUGUUUUCGAUUCUCUUGAACAAUGAUAGUCCUAUUGUUGUUGUACUGAGUGAAAGCAUGUCCCCUGGAUUUGAGAGGGGAGAUAUACUAUGGCUUGCUAACAAGGAUUUCAGUGUUGGAGACAUGACUGUUUUCAAGUUUGGAAAGGAGAUUCCAUGUGUACACAGAUGCAUUAAGCAGUUUGGUGGAAGAUAUCUCACGAAGGGAGACAAUAACCUUGACGAUGAUGUUUCCCUCUAUCCAAAAGGAAGGAAUUAUUUGACUAGGAAUGAGGUCAAGUCUAUUGUUGUUGGAUACAUUCCUUAUUUUGGAUGGAUAAACCUCUGGAUCAAUACCAUUCCCGGGGUGAAGUUUGCAAUACUAGCUGCUGUGGGUCUAUCUGUCCUAUUUACUCGAGAGGAGUGA